AUGCCUUCCGCAACAACAACCUGGCACGAGGGCGAAAUCGCCAUGCAUGAGAAACUGAGGGUUCCCAAGAUGGAGAAUCCUACGUUUCCUGGUUUGGCGGAUCGUUAUGGAGUGCGAGUGAUGCAUUCUCCCUUGGUCGCUUUGGGUACUCUGGAUGACAAGGGCCGUCCGUGGACAACAAUCUGGGGCGGAGAACGUGGCUUUGCAAGACCAGUCGCUGAAGACGUCCUCGCAUUGAACAGCUCAGUUGACACUCGUUAUGAUCCAGUCUUCAGAGCUCUUUGGGAUGGUAUUGAUGAAGAAGGUGUGAAGCAAGGCGCCAUCAACAGGCCCAAUGACGGCGAUGGAAAGGAAAUGUCUGGGUUGGCUAUAGACCUGGAGACAAGAGAUCGUGUCAAAUUAGCAGGGAAGAUGGUUGCUGGUGCUACUGUCGAUGGAGGCAAGACUGUCCAGCUAGCCAUGGCGGUUACUGAGAGCCUGGGCAAUUGUCCCAAGUACCUCAACAAGAAGGACGUUGUACCACAUGCAAUGGAGCCAGAGCUUGUCUCUGAGAAGCUUCCCUUGCCUCAAGAAGCUUUGGAUAUAGUUGCAGCGGCAGACAUGUUAUUCUUGUCGAGCACAAAUGGACAUGCCAUGGAUACCAACCAUCGUGGAGGGAGUCCCGGAUUCAUACGAGUUAUUAGGAAUGAAGAAGACGGGGUUGAGCUCAUAUAUCCAGAGUUUUCAGGAAACAGAUUAUAUCAGACAUUGGGUAACUUCAAGGUCAAUCCUCGAGUUGGUAUUGCAAUUCCUGAUUACAACACUGCCAAUGUUCUCUACCUUACUGGUACCGCAUCCGUACUUGUAGGCGAAGAAGCUUCUUCUUUGCUGGCAAGGACAAAACUGGCUGUCAAGAUCUCAGUCACCUCUGCCAAGUUCGUCAAGUCUGGGCUUCCCUUUCGUGGCUCACUGGGCGAAUACUCUCCCUACAACCCACCUGUUCGUCACUUAAUUUCAGAGCAUGAUGCGCAUCUGGGUGCUGAAAACCCAAACGCUAUAACGGCAACACUGAAAGAUCGGGAAAUUAUCACACCCUCUAUCGAUCGGUUUACCUUUGAGUUGUCUUCUCAGCAGCCUAUCACAAACUGGCACGCCGGACAGUACAUCACGUUGGACUUUGAACCAGAGUUAUCGAAUGGCUACAGUCACAUGGCGGAUCAUGAUCCCCAGAGUAUCAACGAUGACUUUGUGCGAACAUUUACUGUUUCAAGUCCACCGGAGAACAGCAAAGAGUUACAGAUUACGACAAGACGACAUGGCCCAGUGACAAAUUUUCUAAGAAAACACAACUCACGUGUGCUGCUCGAGGUACCAGUGAUUGGUUUCGGCGGCGAAGAGGGCUUCCGCAUCCCACUGGAGCCUGAAGGUCCUAAAUCCAUCUUCAUCGCGGCAGGUGUAGGUAUCACACCUGUCCUCGCACAAGCACCGGCCGUUCUAAAGCACAACGUCCCGUUUGAACUACUCUGGACUCUUCGUUACGAAGACUUACCCCUUGCCAGUGACACGUUCUCACGUAUUCCUGGACUCGCGAAAUCGACUACUCUCUUCGUCACGGGACAGUCAGACAAGGACAAGGAGAGUUUGUUGGACGAAGCGGAGAAGGCUGGUACCCGGAUUGUGAAGCGUCGAGUAAGCGCGAGCGACGUCGAAAGCUUCAAGGGCCAGAGCGCCCGCUUCUUCUUAUGCACGGCUCCCGCGUUACUAGCUGCGCUCGAAGAGUGGUUGCAGGGGGAGAAGGUUGUGUGGGAAGACUUUGGAUACUGA